GGAUGCGCGGAGGUCGACUGCGCCGGAGCCAGCGGCGCGCUGGCCGAGGGCCAGGAGCCGGUGCUGUCGAGCUGCUACGACGAGAUGCCCGUGGAGCUGCCCUCGGCCGAGAGGAGCGAGCCCGCCGCCCGCUUCCAGGCGGGGGCCCUGGAGGAGCCGCCGGGCCCGCCGCUGCGGAGCGCCAGCAUGUUCCUGCUGCAGCCCGGGAGCCGCAUGAGGCAGGUGCGCGUGCAUCUACACUGCAGCGGCUUGGCCCUGGAGCCAGUCAGCGCCAGCAGCGACGAGCCCAGCGCGCCCAGGGAGUUCAGAGCCCUGUCGCCAUUCUGCGUGACAGAGCAGCUCGAGGAUCCGGAGAUAAGCGAUCAGUUGGGGAGGCCAGCGGGGGCCUUCAAGCUCACGGAGCUGCGCCAGGGCGGGGACGUCGUCCGCUUCUUCGGCCUGUGGGACGCGGACGACGCGCAAGAUGAGCUCGACCGGUGGAUCUGCGAGAUUCAGCGUGUCACGGCCGAAAUCACCUCCUCGAUGUUCUCGGCGGUGGGGAUCUCGCCGUGGCCGCUGCCUGACGUCGCUGCGACCUUCGCGCGCAUCUUGGCAGGCCACCUGCUCGUCAGCGACGAAGGCGACACGAUCGUGAGGUACUUCUGCGAGCUCAGGGCGCACUCCGAGGGCAAGGCUGCCCUGGUCAUGUACUCCAACUGCUGGUGCGCGCAGGAGAUCCGGGGCCUGCCGCUCGUGGCCGACACGUUCAUCAGCCAGAGCAGGUGCGAGGGCUCGACCGUUUUCAGCGUGGGCAGCAAGCGGUUCAGCGCACAGAGUGGUCCCGAGAAGGACCUCUGGCUGCGCGCCAUCAUCAACACCAAGGCCCGUCAUCGCGCACCAGGGGUAAAGAAGGAUCGGGGCGGCGGCCCUUAG